AUGAAGCUCCUUCAUUUCCAUGCGCUAUUCUUAGCAGUUGCGGUUCAAAAGUCGCUCCAGCAGGCUGUUGACGGCCAAAAUAACGGCGGAGCCGGAAACUCCAACAGCACCUCCAGCGCGCAGCUAUCAACUUCAGGAACCAGUUUGUCGUCAAGCUUACAAUCUUCGUUGUCGUCCUCAUCGUCGUCUUCGUCAUCGUCAACCUUGUCAUCCGAGUCAUCACUAUCCACGACGUCGUCCGUUUCGAGUUCCUCCUCCUUGUCGUCGUCGUCGUCAUCGUCGUCAUCAUCUUCGUCGUCACCAUCCUCUAGUGGCUCGUCGUCUUCCAGCAGUGAUGCACAAAGCUCGCUAUCGUCAUUGUCAUCAACUACAAGAAGUUCCAGCAGUUCCGGCAGUUCCAGCAGCUCCAGCUCUGCAUCGGUCUCUUCGUCUUCACAAUCAAGUCUCAGCGGAUCUUCCUCGACUUCCAGUGGCAGCUCUUCGUCCAGCUCGAGUGCCGCCCCUAGCUCCAGUGCAUCAGGCCCAUCUUCGACGACAUCAUCAUCGUCGUCGUCGUCGACAACAUCUUCAUCGUCGGCCGAAAGUUCUUCUUCGUCGAUAACCUCUGCGGCAUCCUCGGCCUCAUCUCAUACGCAUCGUUCCUCAUCGAUCACUGCUGCACCAUCCACUACGAGCUCUGACGUGAUAACAACCACGAUAGAUGGCAGAACACUGGUCUCCACCGUCUAUUACACCGCCAGCGGCACUGUGGACUCUAAGAACUCGGGAAACGGAUCUGGACUCUCUAAGAAGAACCGCAAUAUCGUAAUAGGGUGCGUUGUGGGCAUUGGAGUCCCAAUGAUUCUUGCCUUCCUGGCUUUCCUAUAUUUCUACUGCGUGAGAUCCAAGAAAACGAACUUCAUCAAUUCCGAGGGUCAUGUUGUCACUGCUUACAAACAGAACAAUCUGACAAGGUGGUGGUACUCCCUCAUGGGUAAAGAUGUUGGUAACGAAUACGACGGUGACACCCCUAUCGGCGGUACAUCUGAUCUCGACGAAGAUGCGGAGGGUAUAGGACACCGUAACAAUGCCGUUAGCAGGAAUCCAACAGAUGGGCGCGGUUCCCAUUCUAAUGAGUUGAUGUUGGACGAAGAAAAGUACUACGACGAAAACGGGAACAAACUCAGCGCCCGUAACUAUUAA